UCUGCGUAGCUCCGCCUGGAAGCCCUUCCUCGCUGCUGUGGAUCCACAAUGGCGGCGCCCUGUGAUCACUAGCAGAGUGGCGCUUUUCUCCUCUGUGAAGGGACAUCAGUGCGGUAUUUCGAUCUGAUGUAAAGUGUCCGUCUCUGUCUCACCUACAGCAGUGGAAGAUGCCCCGGUACGAGCUCGCGCUCAUCCUGAAGGCGAUGCAGAGGCCCGAAGCGGCGGCGGCGCUGCGGCGCACGGUGGAGACCUUGCUGGAGCGGGGCGCCGUGGUCAGAGACCUGGAGAACCUCGGAGAGAGAAGGCUGCCCUACAAGAUCUCCAAACACAACCAGCGCCACACGCACGGAGGCUACUACCUGAUUGACUUUCACGCCUCUCCGUCUGCAGUGAGAGGCUUUCUGAACCACCUUGAGAGAGACGUGGACGUUAUUCGGCCGACGGUGUUAAAGAAGGACGCUGAGGGUUCUCAGGGUUCUCAGGCUCAGUGCUGCGGUCCAUCACCUGCCCAGACCAACAAGAGGCCUUCUACAUAAAUGGGCUGUAAGAAAGAAGAUUAACCUGCCAGCUGGACUAUGUUGAGUUUGUCCUCGUGAGAAAGUUUAUUAUAAGAAAUGAAUAAAUUAAUGCAUCUUUUUCAAAAAAGGUUCUCUUCUUUUUUGCUGACAUUACAUGGAAGAAAAUAAUGUUUUACAGAAAAGGAGAAUAAACAGCCUGUAUUAGCAAAC